AUGGCCAGUAAAGUCAUUAUUACUGGAUUUUUGAUUUUCAUUUCAAUCCAGGGGACUUCGUCUUUGUCCAUUCCAGAGGAAGAGCUUCAUGCCAACUACUGGGACAACAAAGCGAAGCAGGCUCUUCACACCGCCCUGAAUGUUCAGCCUAAUGUCCGCAAAGCCAAGAACCUCAUCCUCUUCCUGGGGGACGGUAUGGGGGUACCGACAGUGACUGCUGCACGGAUCCUAAAAGGCCAGAUGGCAGGGAAAUUAGGGGAGGAGACCAGUCUGGUUAUGGAUACCUUCCCAUACCUUGCCCUAUCUAAGACGUACAACGUGGACCAGCAGAUGCCAGACAGUGCUGGCACAGCCACAGCUUACUUGUGUGGCGUGAAGGCCAACUACGGCACCCUGGGUGUCACUGCCGCCACUCCGAGGGGCGACUGUAAGGCCACCUUUGGGAACGAGGUCAAAUCAGUCCUGCACCGCGCCAAGAAAGCAGGAAAAUCAGUGGGGAUCGUCACUACAACCAGAGUGCAGCAUGCCUCUCCUGGUGCAAACUACGCUCACUCUGCUGACCGAAACUGGUACGGCGACUCUGAACUCACCCCAGAGGCUAUCCGAGAUGGCUGCCGUGACAUUGCUUACCAGCUAAUUACCAACACAGAAAUAAAUGUCAUUCUUGGUGGAGGCCGCCAGUACAUGUUUCCAAAAACCUGGAAAGACCCGGAGUACGCGAACGUUACAGGUUCCCGAAAUGAUGGGAAAGAUCUUGUUGAGGAGUGGAAAAAAAACAAAAAGAAUGCUGCAUACGUUUGGAACAAAGCUGGCUUUGAUGCUGUCAAUCCUAGAAAUACAGACUUCCUGAUGGGUCUCUUUGAGCCCAAAGACUGCCGCUACGACUUGGACCGUGAGCCGACCAUGGACCCCUCCCUUACGGAGAUGGUGGAGAAAGCAAUUCAGAUUCUCAGCAAGAACUCAAAGGGAUUUUUCCUCUUUGUGGAAGAUAAUGGGAGAAUUGAUCAUGCUCACCAUGACGGGAGCGCAAAAAAAGCUCUCCAUGAAGCUGUUGAGUUCGACCGGGCGAUUGGGCGAGCAGCUGAACUCACCAGUGAGAUGGACACCCUGUCUGUGGUCACUGCUGACCACUCCCAUGUCUUUGCCUUUGGAGGAUACUCUGCCAGGGGAAACUCUCCGUUAGGGGUGGCUCGCACAAAAGCUGCUGACAAGAAGAACUUCACCACAGCUGUGUAUGGAAAUGGACCAGGAUACCAGAUCGUCAAUGGAAAACGCCCAGAUAUUAAUGACAGUAUUUCAAAGGGUGAUGACUACCUUCAGCAGGCUGCUGUCCCUCUUGAUUCAGAGACCCAUGCCAUAGAGGAUGUAGCUAUCUUUGCCAAAGGUCCCAUGUCGCAGCUUUUCCACGGGGUCCAGGAGCAGAACUACAUUGCCCAUGUUUUCGCUUAUGCUGCCUGCCUGGAGCCCUACGAGGAGUGCACACUGCCUGACCACGCUGGAUCCAUCCACCCCAGCCUGCUGCUCCUCCUGAUGAGCCUCCUUCUCCUCUUCUUCUGCUCUGCCUGA